UGUACCACCAUAAAUUAUUUUAUAGAUUUUGCUUGCGUUUUAUUACCAAUGGUGGCACAUUUUGUAUGUGGUGAAACAAGGUAAAUAAUAAACACAAAAUGGAGAAUGUUCCAAGAACUCACGAAGAUAUCGAAGCUCAAAUUCGUGAUAUACAAGCAAAGAAAAAAGAAGUAUCCGAUAAUAAUGGAAAUGAUAAAGGCGUAGGACUUGGUGAAAGUGGUUAUUUUGAUAGUGAUAUAUACGAUGGUGGUGGAAAUAAAAAGUACGAAGGAUAUGUGACUUCGAUUGCAGCAAAUGACGAAGCCGACGACGAUGAUGAAGAUGUUGUGUCGUAUAGUCAGAAACGUUCCGGUGGUUUUAACGUUAAUGUUGCAUUGCUUAAUGAUGUUGCUCAGAGUGAUAAAGAUUAUGAUCCUUUUGCCGAUCGACGAAGACCAACAAUUGCUGAAAAAGAAGAUGAGUAUAGACAAAAAAGGCGUCGGAUGAUUAUUUCACCAGAACGUGUGGAUUUAUUCGCUGAAGGUGGGAAAACACCCGAUUUUGGUUCCCGCACCUACACGGAAAUUAUGAAAGAACAAUUGUUAAAAGGCGAAGAAGUUGAGGUUAGAAAGAAAAUUUUAGAAAAAGCUAAAGAAGGUACUUUAAAAAUUCAAACUAAUGGUGAAUCAAAAUCAGCGCCCAAAAAAAGAGGAAGAUGGGAUCAAACUGUGGAUGAAUCUCCUGCUCCAACAAAGAAGAAAGCCGUUUUAAGCAGUGUUAUGGCAACACCUACAUGGGAUAACGAUCGCACACCUGCUGAUCAUAGAUGGGAUGAAACACCUGGUCAUAAAACUGGUAGUGAAACUCCGGGCGCAACACCUGGCCAAAGUACACGAAUGUGGGAUGCCACACCCGGGCAUGCUACACCAGGAGCUGCUACACCGGGUCGAGAUACUCCAGGCCACGCCCAUGAUGGGAAGAGCACAAGUCGCAGAAAUCGUUGGGAUGAAACACCAAAAACAGAAAGAGAAACACCUGGCCACAACAGUGGUUGGGCAGAAACACCAAGAACAGAUAGAGUAGGUGGUGGUGAUUUAAUUCAAGAAACCCCUACCCCAGGAGCAAGCAAACGUCGUUCACGUUGGGAUGAAACUCCUAGUAAUCAAUUAACUCCAUCAUUAAAUACUCCAUCCGGCGGAAUGACUCCACAAACUCCACAUGGUACACCACACGCCACACCUGGUCAUACUCCAUCAAUGGGAGUUUUAACUCCCGGGGGCAGCACACCAAUUGGAGUGAAAGCAAUGGCAAUGGCAACACCCACACCUGGACAUUUAGCUUCAAUGACGCCAGAACAGUUGCAAGCAUACAGAUGGGAACGUGAAAUCGACGAAAGAAAUCGACCAUACUCGGAUGAAGAAUUAGAUGCAUUAUUUCCACCUGGAUUUAAAGUUCUGCAACCACCUGCUGGAUAUAUUCCAAUUCGUACACCUGCUCGUAAAUUAACAGCUACUCCGACCCCAAUAGCAGGAACACCAACGGGAUUUUUCAUACAACAAGAAGAUAAAUCAGCUAAAUAUAUUGAUAACCAACCAAAAGGAGCAAAUUUACCAUUUAUGAAACCAGAAGAUGCACAAUAUUUCGAUAAAUUGUUAGUAGAUGUUGACGAAGAGUCAUUAAGCCCUGAAGAACAAAAAGAAAGAAAAAUUAUGAAACUUUUAUUAAAAAUUAAAAAUGGUACACCACCAAUGAGAAAAGCAGCAUUACGUCAAAUUACUGAUAAAGCACGUGAAUUUGGUGCUGGGCCGUUGUUUAAUCAAAUUCUACCAUUGUUGAUGAGUCCAACACUAGAAGACCAAGAACGUCAUUUAUUAGUGAAAGUUAUCGAUCGUAUUUUAUAUAAAUUAGACGAUUUAGUUCGUCCUUAUGUCCACAAAAUACUUGUAGUUAUUGAACCCUUACUUAUUGAUGAAGAUUACUAUGCUCGUGUAGAAGGUCGUGAAAUUAUAUCAAAUUUAGCCAAGGCUGCGGGCUUAGCAACAAUGAUAUCAACAAUGCGACCUGAUAUUGACAAUAUCGAUGAGUAUGUAAGAAAUACAACAGCUCGAGCUUUCGCUGUCGUUGCAUCCGCUUUAGGUAUUCCAUCUUUAUUACCGUUCUUAAAAGCCGUAUGUCGCAGUAAAAAAUCAUGGCAAGCCCGACAUACUGGUAUUAAAAUUGUACAACAAAUUGCCAUUUUAAUGGGAUGCGCAAUUUUGCCUCAUUUAAAAUCAUUAGUCGAAAUUAUUGAGCAUGGUUUAGUCGAUGAACAACAAAAAGUUCGCACAAUUACUGCCUUGGCUAUAGCUGCUCUUGCCGAAGCUGCAACUCCUUAUGGUAUUGAAAGUUUUGAUUCAGUAUUAAAACCCUUGUGGAAAGGUAUUCGUACACAUCGUGGCAAAGGUUUAGCUGCAUUUUUAAAAGCUAUUGGUUAUUUAAUACCUUUAAUGGACGCUGAAUAUGCAAAUUAUUAUACUCGAGAAGUAAUGUUGAUUUUAAUUCGUGAAUUUCAAUCGCCCGAUGAAGAAAUGAAAAAGAUUGUAUUAAAAGUAGUUAAACAAUGUUGUGGUACAGACGGUGUUGAAUCACAAUAUAUUAAAGAAGAAAUUUUACCAUCAUUUUUCAAACAUUUUUGGAAUCAUCGUAUGGCAUUAGAUCGUCGUAAUUAUAGGCAAUUGGUUGAUACAACUGUUGAAAUUGCAAAUAAAGUGGGUGCAUCCGAAAUUAUUAAUCGUGUUGUCGAUGACUUGAAAGAUGAGAAUGAACAGUAUCGUAAAAUGGUAAUGGAAACUAUCGAGAAAAUUAUGGGUAAUUUAGGUGCCGCUGAUAUCGAUUCACGAUUAGAAGAACAACUUAUCGAUGGUAUAUUAUAUGCAUUCCAAGAACAAACUACUGAAGAUGUUGUUAUGUUAAAUGGAUUCGGAACAAUUGUUAAUCAACUAGGCAAACGUGUAAAACCAUAUUUACCACAAAUUUGUGGUACAAUUUUAUGGCGAUUGAAUAAUAAAUCAGCAAAAGUACGACAACAAGCAGCCGAUUUAAUAUCACGUAUUGCUGUUGUCAUGAAAACAUGCCAAGAAGAGAAAUUAAUGGGACAUUUAGGUGUUGUGUUGUAUGAGUAUUUAGGAGAAGAAUAUCCCGAAGUAUUGGGUUCAAUUCUAGGUGCACUGAAAGCAAUUGUUAAUGUAAUUGGUAUGACAAAAAUGACACCGCCAAUUAAAGAUUUAUUACCACGUUUAACACCCAUUCUAAAGAAUCGUCAUGAGAAAGUACAAGAAAAUUGUAUUGAUUUAGUUGGUAGAAUCGCCGAUAGAGGACCUGAAUAUGUGUCGGCGCGUGAAUGGAUGCGUAUUUGUUUUGAAUUGUUGGAGUUGUUAAAAGCACACAAAAAAGCUAUACGUCGUGCUACUGUCAACACAUUUGGUUAUAUUGCAAAGGCUAUUGGUCCACAUGAUGUGCUUGCCACAUUGUUGAAUAAUUUAAAAGUACAAGAACGUCAAAAUCGUGUCUGUACAACAGUUGCGAUUGCUAUCGUUGCUGAAACAUGUUCACCUUUUACUGUAUUACCAGCAUUAAUGAAUGAGUAUCGAGUGCCUGAGUUAAAUGUACAAAAUGGUGUGUUAAAAUCGUUAUCGUUUCUUUUCGAAUAUAUUGGUGAAAUGGGAAAGGAUUAUAUUUAUGCUGUAAGUCCACUAUUAGAAGAUGCUCUCAUGGAUAGAGAUUUGGUACAUCGGCAAACAGCUUGCGCAGCAAUAAAACACAUGGCAUUGGGAGUAUACGGAUUUGGUUGUGAAGAUGCUUUAAUACAUUUACUGAAUUAUGUAUGGCCAAACAUUUUUGAGACGUCUCCCCAUUUAGUUCAAGCUUUUAUGGAUGCAAUAGAGGGAAUGCGAGUAGCUCUUGGACCAAUCAAAAUAUUACAAUACACAUUACAAGGUUUGUUCCAUCCAGCACGAAAAGUACGAGAUGUUUAUUGGAAAAUAUACAAUUCAUUGUAUAUCGGUGGUCAAGAUGCUUUAGUGGCAGGAUACCCUAGAAUUAGUAAUGAUCCAAAAAAUCAAUAUAUUAGAUACGAAUUGGACUAUGUCCUUUAAAUUUAUUUAUGCAUUAAAUGUAAUUAUUUGUGA